AAGUAGUUACAACGAGAAACGUUAUCACUCAUCUUGAUAACCAGUGAUUUGCAAAUAUAUAAACACCACAUCGUGAAAAAUUGCCAGAAAAAUGAAAAUAUUUCUAUUGUUAAUCCCCCUCUGGGCUUCGGCCCAAAGCCACGACAUCUACGUCCACAUGAUGCCCUGGUUCGAGACCAAGGAAACCAACGGCGGCACCUGGGGCAUCCACUGGACCAUGGCCAACAGAAACCCCGACAACAUCAUCGACGGCAAGCAAGACAUAGCCUCCUUCUACCACCCUGAAAUCGGGGCUUACGCCUCCGCAGACCCCAACGUCAUCGACUGGCAAAUGGGGUACAUGAAGACCGCCGGGAUCAAGGGAAUUUUCCUAGACUGGCCCGGAACCACCCAAGCCAUGGACUACCCGAAAAAUAGGGAAAAUUGCGAAGCUAUAAUUGCCGGAACUGAAAGAGCGGGCCUCCAGUUCGCAGUAGUGUACGAAGACAACAACUUAAACCUUGCCGGAGUCCCCGAUAAAAUUGCACAAGGUACCGCCGACAUGCAGUACCUCCAAGACAAUUAUUUCAGCAAAAGCAACUACGUGAAAGUGAAUGGGGCCCCCUUGUUGCUGGAUUUUGGGCCCCAAGCGUUGUUUGACGCCAACUGGGACGCUAUUUUCACACCCUUGAACCCCAAACCCACGUUUCUGACGCUAUGGAACCAACAUCAGCAGGGAGGGAGUAUGGUGGCGGGCGAAUAUGCGUGGGUGUAUUCAAAUUUUCUUGAUGGGCUCAAUAAUUGGUUAGUGCACUAACGCUUUUGCUUUACAUACAUUCUACAACUUCGAAAAAAUUCGAUUCAGAUGCAACUCUUAGUCAUUUAAUGGAAACAGAAACACUACAUAGAGGAAUUGGAAGAUUCAGAAACAUUCAAUUGAAGUCCUGGAUAUACCUCAUAUUCUAUCUAUUUACUCUGAAUCAUAAAAGAAAUAACAAGCCGAAAAACUAUUUCCAUUGUAAAGUAUUUCAUUCUAAAUCCAUUUCUUAGAAUCACAAAUGUUUUUUGUAUAAAGUGAAUUGAAAUCCUCAUCAUCAGUCAAAAAAAAAACACUUGUACAAUUAGAAAAAUCUGUGAAUAGAAUAUUACAUUAUUCACAGAGUUGAUGAUAAGUCUGAUAAUUAGAAAAAUUUUUACAUUAAAAACAGAAAAGUAAAAUUAACAAGUUGGUGAAGUCGAACUUGUUAAAAGUGUUAUUUUUCAGAAAUUUCAUAGAAAUAAAACGAUUAAAUGCGGAAAAUUUAAUUCCAGAACCCCCUAAUAUCCCAUUCUGUUUUAUAAACAGUCUGUAUAAAUUACAUUAGCUGUUGCUUAUACUUUGAGAAAGAUCUCGGCAAUUUUAAAAAUCCUUAGCAAAAAGACUCUCGGCUGCUCUAGCAUUGUUAUUUACUUCGUCAUAAAUAGAGGCAUCUCUGCAUACUCUUUGAAUGUAAAUGACUCCAGAGGUAAAACGGUUUAUUUUGCGCUUUAUAAGCAAAAAAUGUCUGUCUUAAUGACAGCUACAAGACCCUAACGUUUGGCAACAUCUUUCUGAACCACGCUGUAUAUGAAUAUUUAUAACAUGCGUUUUUAUUUUUCUAUUAAUUGCAAAAAUUUUCUAGAAUUUCUCCAGAUCAAUAUUGUUCUGUUUUGAAUGAUUCUGUGUAUGAAUAUUUCUAGAUUUGACGAUUCUGCCAGUGAAUGUUUCUGGUGAUGUCUUGUUCUGUCACCAUUUUUGUUGUUGACGAGUUCUAUAUUCGUGACGUCACGUGAUGUUACGCAUGCAUCGCAGUAGGCGAGAGCGCGGCAGUCGGCAACCGGCAACGAGCAGCGGCACGAGUCACAUCGGGAGCGAGAGGCGAUUUGUUUAGAGUGUAACACAAUUACAGUCCGGGACAUUUCUAUUUGGACAUAAAAAAUUUGAAUUUUCUGACAUUUAUACGUGUAUUCAGCGUCUGUGUGAACAAAAAAUGUUCUCUCUCUCAUUCUAUGGUCCUUGAGCUUUAAUAACAGGGACAUUUUUUAAAUUGGUAGCAUUAGAAAAUGACAGUAAACAGCUGACUGAUGUAAACAAUAACACAAUAACAAAGGAAAUGUUAUAAUUUUAAUCUAUAUAACCAGUGGCUGCUUUAAAAGUGUGUACUAACGGGAUAAUAACAUAUUUACGCAAGUAUUUUUGAAGGUAGAAACAUUACUUGUCAUAUAACAACUACUCAGAUUAUAUGAUGAGACGGGAAUGGCACAAUACAGAAUUGCAGUCAGUGAUUGUGAUGGAGAAAGCUGCUGUGAAGUACUGACAGUACUGACUAUCGCUGGUUGUACGAUUUGUGCAAUUUGUGAUAUAUUUUGUGUGAAAAACUGGAAAAGAAAGUGCAUCACUGCAUAACCUCACUUAUCGCAGUUUUGCACAUUUUGAUGAUGGGAAUUGCGGUUCAAGUAAUUAUGAGUUAUAGAUGGAGAGCCCUGUUUACUUCAAACUGAAGCCUUUUGGGUCCACUUUGUUCCUGGCAGCCACUCUUGUUUCAAGCAGAGUGGGUGAAAAGUUAAAAAUAAUCCCGUAAAAUUGUUAAUAUAACUCCUUUGCACUGGCAUGGGGUAUUUGAAAACUUACGUUUAACAAAUACGUCACAAAGUCUCAGCCAUCGUCGAAAAACAUAAUAAGGGCUUUAUAACAAGAAGCGCUUUCUGAUUUUACUGUGGACGUGUGGAAGAAUAGUGUGAAAUAUUGCGAAAAACCAACUUUUACUCUUGUUUACAUUUUUGUACGUCUCUAUCUGAGAGUAGUCUCUUGUAUAAAAAAUAUAGCCUACUAAUAAAGGAAAUUAAAGUGUUUUUAUUUCUGGGUUGCCCCCAAUUCCACUUCGCCCUUGCCUGAUAAUCAAGACACUGAUAAUGAAAUUGGUGUAAGUGCAUCGAAUACAAACGUGUUGAAUAGAUGAAUAAAAGAGACACAACUGCUUUUUUCAAAAAGGCCAUUUCAAAUUUAUUCAAAAAGCACACCCCCAUUCAAAAGGGUCCAUUCACGAUGAAGUUUGGCUUCCUGCAUGACGUAGGUCUCGGACACCAAUCUCACUGUAAAUGGUCUAAAUUGGUCUUGCAUCUCUAAGACAUGGACUCACUGAGAGCGACUUCUGCAGAAGGCUUGAGACCUGCCUGCCUGUCUCGCAACAAUCUCUGCAUUAUGAUUCCAAAUCAUUCUAUAAAACGCUGUCAAUUACAAGCCAUGAUAUGAGGCAUGAGGCCGUCUCAGUGUAUGUCUUGUGGUGUACAUUGAAACUGUUUCUUAAAGAACCCAUUCACAAUGAGAUCUGCUUCGCUACAUGCGGCGCGACAGGACUCAAAAACUAAUCCUCAAAGACACAAAAAAACUGACACAGUUUCAUCAUUUUAAGCCAUUGACAGCGUUUUCGAAUGUUGGUGCAAAGACUUGUCGCGAGGCAUGUUUCAGCCUUCCGCCAACGUCAGUCUGAGUGAAACCCUCUCAAAGUGAUCUCAGCGAAAACCACUCACAAUGAGAUUGACCUAUGAGGCCUAUGUCGUGCCGCAUGCAGCGAGAUAUGUCUCAUUGUUAAUGAAAAUAGGGCCUUUUUUGUUGUUUAAAGUCGUUUUUUAAAACUUUUGUGGCAAAUUUUACUGAUGUGGCAGAGAGGGGGCAUGCAAUUGGAACAUGACGAUGACUACCCUAAAAGGCACUUCGAGGCUUUUAUGGCCUUUUUAAUGCAAAUUUCAACUUUAAACCUGACAGUCAUACCAAGGUCAAACAUAACCUCAACAGUAAUCCAGCAACGGUACUUCAAAGCAUUUGAAAGUUUCUCCAUUUGUUUUUAAGUGUUCUAGUUGGUACAUUUUGCUGUACUUUACUACAAUAAAGAAAUAUUUAAAUUUU